AUGUCAAACUCAGGAGGUCGCAGACUGAAGCAGUGGCUGAUUGAGCAGAUCCAGAGUGGACAGUAUGCUGGGCUCCUGUGGGAGGAUGGAAGCCGAAUUAUGUUUCGAAUUCCAUGGAAACACGCAGGGAAACAGGAUUACAAUCAAGAAAUAGAUGCAUCCAUUUUCAAGGCAUGGGCCGUGUUUAAAGGCAAAUUCAAGGAGGGCGAUAAGGCCGAACCCGCAACUUGGAAGACCAGGCUGCGUUGUGCGCUUAAUAAAAGUCCAGAUUUCGAGGAGGUGACAGAACGCUCUCAGUUGGACAUCUCGGAGCCUUAUAAAGUCUACCGAAUCGUACCUGAGGAUGAGCAGAAACAUGGAAGAAGCUCCAUGCUGUCGGUGGCAACCAUCAGCAGCUCUGGUAACAUGGACUUGGACUGCAGUCCUACAGACAUAGAAGGACUAAUUAAAGAGGAAGAAGGCUGUCGGAUCCAGACAAGUCCCGAGUAUUGGCCACAGACAAGUGCCAACGCCUUCUCACUGCAUCACGAUCCGUUACCGUCUGGCACUUACAGCUCAGCCUUCUCCCAAAUGAUGAUCUUCUUCUAUUACGGAGGCAAAUUGAUGAACAACACAUUGGUCACACAUCCCGAAGGCUGUCGCAUCUCCCCGGCCCAGCAGCACCUAGGGCGCGGUACACCCUACAGCUCGGACAGCAUGCAGAGCGUUUAUUUCCCUCCUGCCGAACUCAUCGAGUUUGAACGGCAGCGCCACGUCACCCAAAAGCUUUUGGGCCACUUGGAGCGAGGGCUUCUCCUGAGGGCCAAUCAGGAGGGCAUUUUCAUCAAGAGGCUAUGUCAGAGCAGAGUUUUCUGGAGUGGUCUGGCUGAUGUGGGCUCACAUUAUAGCCCAGUGCCUUGUAAACUGGAAAGGGAUUCUGUGGUGAAGAUUUUUGACACUGGGAAAUUUCUUCAUGCACUGCAACUGCACCAGGAAGGUCAGCUUCCAGCUCCUGAUCCCACGGUGACGUUGUGUUUUGGAGAGGAGCUUCAUGAUCUCAGCACUGCCAAAAACAAGCUGAUAAUCGUCCAGAUCACGGUGGUGAAGUGUCAGCAGCUGCUGGAAGCGGUGAAUUUGCGGCGCUCGCAGCCGUGCUGCUCCAACAUGGAGAUGUGCGAUGACGUCUCAGCAGAGCAGAUGGCCAACAUCUACCGGGACCUGUGCAGCUACAGUGGUCCCCAGAGGUCUGCCUGCUACAGAGAAAACAUGCCCAUUACCGCCUGA